AUUCAAAAGUAUUAUACAAAUUCGAAAUUAGAGUGUGUUAUACAAAUUGGAGAUUGAGCUGGAAUUAGCUUAAAUUUCUAAGUUGAUAUUCAAACAACUCUAUCGAGGUCGACUUGAAUUUAAUAAGGAAUAAAAGGUAAAAAAAAUGAUGUAUUUUUAAUCGUAUUUAAUUGAUGUCAAAUUCGAUUAAAAAUGAAAUAUAAGUAAUUUUAAUUGGAGUUGAUGUGGAAUAAGUAACGAGUAGUAGCUAAAUAAAAAGAUGGAGAUGGAGAUGGAGUUGGGCGAAUGAGUAGAAGACAGAUUGAGUUGUGUGGAAAUGACAAGCAAUAUAAGGAGCGUCCUCUAACAAUUCCAGCUGCCAGCACUAUACAAAUUUGGAUCAUUACAUAAACUCCACUCACGCAUUACGCCUCACACAACUCGCAACAGCAAAAAUGCAUUUGAGUGAGAACGAAGGAAUACAAGGCAAUACCUUUGCGGUUACGGGGGGGCUGGGCUUCGUCGGCGCCGCACUUUGUUUGGAGCUGGUGCGUAGAGGUGCCCGACAAGUCCGGGCCUUUGACCUUCGAACUGUUUCUCCUUGGUCUCAUCAACUCACUUCCCAUGGAGUUCAAUGCAUUUUAGGUGACAUCACCCGCAAAGAGGAUGUUGAAAAGGCUCUGCGUGGCGUGGAUUGUGUUUUCCACCUUGCUUCAUAUGGCAUGUCAGGGAAAGAAAUGCUCCGCUUUGGUCGUGUUGACGAGGUCAAUAUCAAUGGAACUUGCCACGUUUUAGAAGCCUGCCUCGAUCUUGGGAUCAAAAGGCUUGUUUAUGCGAGCACAUAUAAUGUUGUCUUUGGGGGAAAGGAGAUCGUCAAUGGCAAUGAAUCACUGCCUUAUUUCCCCAUUGAUGACCAUGUUGAUUCAUAUGGCCGUAGUAAAUCAAUUGCUGAACAAUUGGUUCUCAAGUACAAUGGUCGUCCUUUGAAGAAGAAUAAUGGAAAGCGGCUUUAUACAUGCGCCAUUCGACCAGCUGCUAUCUAUGGGCCAGGAGAAGACAGACAUUUUCCAAGGAUUGUAUCCUAUGCAAAGUUGGGUCUUUUGCUUUUCACAGUUGGUGAUUCAAAUGUGAAAACAGACUGGGUUUAUGUGGAUAAUCUUGUGGUUGCAUUAAUAAUGGCAAGCAUGGGACUUUUAGACGACAUUCCCAAUCUCGGAGGACAUCCAGUAGCUGCUGGACAGCCAUACUUUAUAUCCGAUGGAUCUCCGGUCAACAGUUUUGAGUUCAUCCGACCUCUUUUGACAAGUCUUGAUUAUGGCGUACCAAAGGCCUCGCUAUCUGUCCCCCAUGCUCUCAUUCUGGGAAAGAUUUUUGGGGCUAUUUAUACGCUCAUGUAUCCAUGGUUGGAUCGUUGGUGGCUUCCUCAGCCUUUUGUUCUUCCUGCAGAAGUGUACAAGGUUGGUGUUACUCACUAUUUUUCCUUCCUCAAAGCUAAGCAAGAGCUUGGCUAUGUUCCAAUGGUGACUCCUCGGGAGGGCAUGGCUGCAACGAUCUCGUACUGGCAAGAAAGGAAAAGGAAGACUUUGGAUGGGCCCACCAUAUAUACAUGGCUGUUUGUUGUGAUUGGAAUGUCGACAUUGUUCUGUGCUGCUUACUUGCCAGAUGUAGGACCAGUGCCACUCUUCAGAGCUAUCUGUCUUUUCUUCCAUCGGACGAUGUGGAUGGUAAGGACAGUGUUCCUGCUAGCAGUAGCAGCGCAUAUUGGCGAGUCUAUAUACGCAUGGUACUUAGCAAAAAGGGUUGAUCCUGCUAAUGCGAGAGGAUGGUUUUGGCAGACCCUUGCUCUUGGAAUAUUUUCAUUGCGUUUCCUAUUGAAGAGAGCCAAGAAGUAAGGUCAAUUGUAUCCCAAUACAGAAUGUAACAUUACUCUUGAACUCUAGUGGGUAGUUGCAUCUUUUCAGCUCAGAAAUAAAUACUCUGACAUUUUUUUUUGUUCAAUUGAAAAUAUAGGCCUCCUCUCUUUUUAAAUACUCA